UGCGUAAAACGCGCGCUCCGGGGCGGGGACUGCUUUGGAGAGGCAGCCCAAAACAGCAUCAGCGCGGCGCUGCGCAUCUACAGGUUGCUUUAAGUAUCUCUCCUCCUCUCUGAACAUUUUCAGAUGUAAAACACAUCUUGUGGACAUGGAGAAGUGCUUAAACAAAGCGUUUGGACAAGCAUUUGGACUCGUGAGCAGAUCCACGGCACUAAACGACCUGAAUCCCAACCUUCCUCAACAACAAUGAAACUGCACGGCGAGGGAUUUUUCAGACAUCAGCUGUCCUGCCAACAUUUCCACGGAGGACCUCGCAUUUUAAUCGAGACCACCAUGUCACAGGUCCCUCACAGUAGCUGCGCCGCGGAGACAACAGCAACAUAAUGGCAUGUAGGAGCGGGUGCUGCUGCGGCUCCGGUCCCAUCAACGAGGAUAACGCGCGCUUCCUGCUGCUGGCAUUGUUCAUCAUCAUCUAUCUACUGUGUGGGGCCGCCGUCUUCUCGGCGCUGGAGCAGCCCAAGGAGCGAGAGGCGAAGGAGCGCUGGGCGCAGAGAUUCGAGCAUUUCUCCCAGAAGUAUAACCUGAGUAAGAAGGACUUGAAUAACUUCCUGAGGAACUACGAGGAGGCGAACGUGGCAGGUAUCCGCGUGGACACCAUCAGACCCCGAUGGGACUUCACGGGAGCUUUUUACUUCGUGGGAACUGUGGUGUCGACUAUUGGGUUUGGGAUGACCACUCCAGCCACCAUCGGAGGAAAAGUCUUCCUGAUGUUUUACGGCCUGCUGGGCUGUGCCGCCACCAUCCUCUUCUUCAACCUCUUUCUGGAGCGCGUCAUCACCGUCAUCGCCUUCGUCCUCAAGUCCUGUCAUGAACGGCGCCAUAACAAGGCUGUGCUCCCGCAAAAUGGACGCCGUGUCUCAGAGGGAGAUAGAGCAGGAGAAGCUGGGCCAGGUGGAGUAGGAAAAGGGGAAGAUCUUGCAGGCUGGAAACCUUCAGUCUAUUGUGUCAUGCUUAUUCUAGGAGCGGCGGCCAUCUUGGUGUCCUGCUGUGCCUCGCUGAUGUACUCAGCGGCAGAGGGUUGGGGCUACCUGGACUCGCUCUACUUCUGCUUUGUGGCCUUCAGCACCAUUGGAUUUGGUGAUAUGGUGAGCAGCCAACGGGUGGUCUACGAGGGCCACGCCACGACCGCGUACCGGCUCGGCAACUUCCUCUUCAUCCUGACUGGCGUCUGCUGCAUUUACUCCCUCUUCAACGUCAUCUCCAUCGUCAUCAAGCAGGUCCUCAACUGGCUGCUGAGGAGGCUGGAAGCCCCAUGCCGCUGCUGCUUUCCCAGAAGGUGUCACCAUCCGCACCGGCACCCCAGACGUAAUGUAGUUGCCCCAGGCCAUCUCCGCGCCCGCAGGGACCCCUCCAUCGAAACAGAUGCCAUCAAUGAGAGUGAAACCGACACUGGGCGCAGGAUGUCUGGCGAGAUGAUCUCCAUGAGGGAUUUCCUGGCAGCCAACAAGGUGAACUUGGCCAUUAUGCAGAAGCAGCUUUCGGAGAUGGCCGUCGGACACCCCCGCCAAUCCGGCUCCAGCUCCCGUCAGAACGGCUUCUCAGGAGGGGUGGGCGCCCUGGGCAUAAUGAAUAACCGGCUCGCAGAGACUAGUGUGGACAGAUAGGGGCCACUGUGGGAAUCUCCUUUUGAAAAAUACAGAAGGCAGAUAAGACUAACAUGGACUGCUGAACCCCGGCAGCUAUGAAUCCAUCUCAGCCUACUUUGGCUUCAUGAAUGACGCAGGAUAGUUUGUUGGAGUCUCACAUCUGGACCAGAGUGCAGGAAUGUUCGCUCAUGAGGAGCCCAGUUUCCAUGGUGAUAAAAAAAAGCCUGCCUAGAGCCUUGUAUCUAAGCUUCUUCACACCUAACCGCAACUUCCACUUUAUCUGCAGUCUAUAACAGUACUCACUACGACUCAACUCCUUAAUGUACAGAAUAUUUACAAGAGAAAACUAGAUUUAAUAAAGUGGGUGUUUCCUGGUUUUGAGUCUACUAGUUGUCACUACAUUAAAUAGCAACAUGAUGUUCAGAAAACAUCAACUUCAUGGGUACAUUUUUUAUUUUUUAUUUAACUUUCAGUGCUUCAGUCUACUCAUGAAACAUAUUACAACCUGAGGAAUUGCUUUCAGUCAUCAUCCCAAACUGAACAGAUAACGUCUCCAGCAGGAUGAUGUUUACUUUGACUGUGCAGCACUUUAUCGAAGCACAAAUGCAAACAUGAGGACAUCUUCCUGCUGUCCAGACAUACAGGUGGUUGCUAUUGACAUAAAUUGAGUAAAACAAGUAAGUACUCAUCAAGCUCAGCUGUAUUUAUUUGAUGUAUCUUUUCUCAUAGUCUGAAUUUGGUGCCAGUUCUGUGAGAAAGGACAGAAAAUAGAUAGAUGAGAAUGUUAAUAAUAUUCAAGUACUGACUUGAAUCCUGCAAGCAGCUGAGAGGGAGAAUUACUUGUUGACACUGUCAUCUUGAAGGAGGUGGUAUAGGUGUCUUCGCUUUCAGUCAUGCAUCUGUGAGGACACUGAAAUUACAGGGUAGGAAUCCUCCAGGCUCAACCAGCUGAGCGUUUGACUCAUUUGACUUGAGAAAGUGAGCAGAGGGACGGUCUCUGUCUUUAGUUUUGUAAUGAUUAAAUGCUAACCUUGCAAAAAAAAGUCAAGGAAAGGAACAAGCUCAUGGUGCUGAUUUCCAGUUUAGAAAAACACUGAAGCUGUAUUUUGUCUUUAAAGAUAAUGCAAACUUUUUGUAGUUAUAUUUAUAACAUAUAGCUCCCCAUAGUUUAAUAAAAAUGUUUGGAUUAGGGAAAUCAUGAUCCACAUGUACUGAUAACUGUAAUUAAAAAGAAAAAAACUCAAAAUAUAAAUAAUGUGAAGAUAAUUUUUGCACUCAGUUGGUGAAAUGAAAAGAUUAUUGAAUACAGAUUUUUUUUUGUACAUCUUUUGGUUUGUUUUCUCCUCCUUUGACUGUAGCUUAAAUACCAAAAACAGAAAAACUUAAAAACUUAACUAAGGACUUUGUUUCCAUUUGUGCUUUUGGGCACAUUUUUUUUUUUACAUUUAAGCCCUUUAAGCUUUAAUACAAGUAGUACAGGAAAGAAAUACAGGACUUGAAAGCUGAGUAUUUUUAACUGUAUGCAAAUGAGAUAAUGUUCCUGGUAUGCAAUAUUCUACUGAAAUACUGCUAUUAAAAAAAGCAGUUUAUCGGAGUGUCUAAACUACGUCAGAGGGAGUUCAAACCCCAGUAAAAUUACUCUUAAUGGUAUACAAAUUUGGUCUAUUCUGUGAAAUAGUUUUGAAAUAUGGAGAUGAUGCAUGAUUUCUUCAUUUCAUCCAAGUCUUUCACUUAUACGUUUGGUAAUAGGCUGUUUUUUGUUUUGUUUUUGUUUUUGUUUUUCACUUACACCAUGCAAACGACCAUUCUGAGACUGGAAAAUCGAUUCUGUACCUCCUAAAUGAUCACAGUUAUUUCCUAGCCAGAGCAGAACUAUGGUGAGGCUGUAAAGCGUAGGGCUUUGGUAGUAAAAACCUUGUGAAAAUUUGAGAUGGAAAUGUCAAAUAUACAGUGUAAUGGUAAGUGAUUGCUUGCUUCUUAAAAGUGGGAUUGAACAAGGAUUCCGUAGUUUGUGUACUGUGUCAGUACACACCUCUACCAAACUGUCUGACCCAACAAUUGUAGAAAUCUAAAUCAAUUUGUCACAGUCUUUGUUAUA